AUGGAGCCCCCCUCAGCCCCUGCCCACAAAGGGUGUGUGCCCUGGAAGGGGCUCCUGCUUGCAGCCACACUCUUACCUUUCUGGAGCCUGCCUGGCACUGCCAAUGUCACUGAUAGUGCCACUGCCAAUACUACUGCCAAUGCCAUUGCCUGGGGCAUUACUGUGAAAUUGGUACCGCCCACUGUUAUGGAAGGGAAGAACGCUCUCCUGCUUGCCUCUGGGCUGCCAGGAAAUGUUUCACGUUUAGACUGGUACAAAGGAAAAGUCCUAUCUAUGAACACCAUUGCAACGUUGAGAAGAUAUCCAGAAACUAUUACUGAGGGACCUGCAUACAGUGGCCGAGAGACCCUGUACUCCAAUGGCUCCCUGAUGCUCCGGAACCUCGCCAAGGACGACAUGGGAAUCUACCGCUUGCAAGUCAUCACAGCCAGCACUGAUAUCUUAUAUGGAGAGCAAGAGCUCCAUGUGUACCACCCAGUGGCAGAGCCCCUUAUCCAAGCCACCCACACCACAGCGACAGAAGGUGCCACCCUUGUGUUUCUGACCUGCUUGGUGAAAGACACUGGGGUCUUCAUCCAGUGGUUCCUCAAUGACAAGAUUCUGCAGCCCUCAGGGAGCAGGAAGCUGUCUGCAGACAACAUGACCCUCACAGUCCAGCCUGUGUCCAGGGCCGAUGAGGGGGCGUAUCGGUGUGAGGUCUCCAAUCCUGUCAGUUCUUCAAAAAGUGCCCCCCAGAUACUGCAGAUGAAACCCUCCCCUUCACCUCCCCACCCGGUUAAUCUCACAGGUGGUGGGUGA